AUGAGCCGAAUGCGCCAAAUGAAAAGCAGAAAAGAAACAAGGUCAGGCGAAUCUGGUCGUGGGUGUUGGUUUUGGUGCGGGUUCUCUGCUCAUACUGCCUGGCCAGGCGGUAUCAGUCGGACGGCAGCCGUACCUAGGCUCGGCACGGGACCUGCGGCCAUACCAGUGGCAGAGCUGAACCUGCUCGACUUCGAGGGUGUUUUGGUCGGUCAUCAGUGGGCGGUCGAGGUGUGCGGUGCUGCGCGUGUUGUGCGCAGAGGCGGUUCUAACGCGCCGGGUGCGGCAAGGGCAUUGUGUGGUUCUGCCAUACAGACCAGCGGCUGCCGACUGCCCAGACGCGCAGCCCACCCACUGCAGAGGCCGUUGCCGGCGGCCGCUGGCCAUGUGACGGUACGGUACGGUACGGCACCAUACGCCCAUUCUGUCGCGGCGGCAGCCAGUGACAGCGGCGCUUGCCCGGCAGCAGGUGGCUCUCGGUGUAAUCGAGCGAGCCCUUACCUUCUAGGCCUGGCUGCCCUGGCUGCGGCUGCCCCCUCUUGCGCUGCUGCUCGCUCUGCUCUCUCUUUCUUCUACUACCGCCGCCUCCCUCCCUCUCCCUCUCACCCAGUUCUCCCCAUACAACUCUCCCAUACAAACCAGGUACUGCGCGCUUCUGUAUAG